UGGGGAGAAGAAGGAUGCGACAGGAAAGGAAAACGAAGAAGAAGAAUAACAAGAGCAGGAAGAAGAACAUUGGCAACAACCUAUCAACUUCCAACCUUACUACAGCUGGGCUGCCUGUAAACGUAUUACGGUCAUUAGUCAACAUGCCUUUGGAUGUUCAUUGUGUCCGUGUGUUGUUUGUUGUGGACACUGCCAUCGCCACAGACGCAUGCAAAUGAAUUUAGAAUGGCUAUUUUUAACGAGCCGAGCUAGCUGUGCUAGCUAGCAGCUAUUAUCGCUAGACUUUGUCGUGGCAACGGAGGUAACUAGCUCGUUAUUGGAGUGAGUUAUUGUUAUCAAACGUUAAGCAAGCAAGUGUGAAUAUGGCUAUUGUCUCUGGAUCAUGUGUUCGAGUCAACGGGUCCCGAAGUGGGCCCUCUGUGUCAGCCUCGCCCGCUGGGACGGUGGGACAGUCCCAGCCCAUGAUAGCGGUGUGGGAAUGGCAGGAUGAUCUGGGCCACUGGCGGCCGUACAGCGGCCAGGUGAGCGGACACAUCGAGCGGAGUCUGACCCCCAGACAGGGCCCGAGCGGAGGGGGCCCCAGCCCCACCAGCAUCUGUCUCGGACAGUCAGACCCUACGCUGUCACCCUAUCUCAUAGACGUACCCAGCUUGAAGCAAUUUCGGCAAGACACAGGGAAAACGCGCUCUGUGCGGCGCUCCCUGUUCCCCCAGUCCUCCGGGCUGGGCAGCGGCGUCUACUGGGAGUGGGCCAACGACGAGGGUGGCUGGACGCCGUACGAGACGCGCACCUCCAUCCUGCUGGAGCACAGCUACCAGGCCCGGCAGGGCACGGCCGACCUCGGCCUGCACGGCUACAACUACAUCGUGGACCUCACGUCGCUGGCCCAGGUCAACAAGGCCAGCGGCUUCAGGCGGCAGGUGCGGCGCCAGUGCAGCCUGCCGUACCCGCUGGCCUCCGCCGGCCACGCGGCCGGCCCCUCGGGGCCCGCCUGCUCCUGCCACCAGUGCUUGAGCCACAGCAGCACCGGGCCGAUGCCCAGCCGCUCCCGCCACUCCCUGUCCUCCAACCAGCUCAACCGGCCCAGCCUCCAGGGGCCCGGGAGGGCCGUGGCGGCGCACCCGGCCUCCGUCUACUCCCCCUACCCGAGGAGACCCCUCUCCGUCGGGGGCUUGUCCUGGGGCAGCCCCUGGCCUCCGCCGUCCACCGGCGCACAGGCCUCUGGGCCGAUGCAAAGCAACUCCGGAAGUGUAAAUGGAUUGAGUGUCCCUGCAAUCCCUGUCCAGCUGAGCGGAUCCACCAGCAUGACCUCCGCCCUAGCAGGCAUGGCCUCCAUUUUGAUGUCCGCAGUGGGCCUGGGCGUGCACUUCACCGGCGCCCCCCUCCAUCACCAACAGCAGCCGCAGCAGCAGCAGCAGCCGCAGCAGCAGCAGCAGAUACAGCCGCAGCCACCCGCGCUCCUUCCUCUUCCUCCGCCCCUCCUGCCCCCAGGCGGCAGCAGCAGCACCGCCAGCACCACCAGCAGCAGCAGGCCUAGCAAGGCCCACAGCACCAGUGGCGGCGGCGGUGGUGGUGGUGGCGGCGGCGGCGGCGGUGGUGGUGGUGGUGGGGGUGGUAGCAGCGGCACCACCAGCAGCAGCAGCAGCAGUUCAGUUAGGAGAGCAAAGAGGCAGCACAGGAGAGCCUCCAGACCAGAAGACGUCAUUCAACGAUACAUGGAGCACCUACCCCUGGCCCCCGACGAGGACUGCAUUAUCUGCAUGGACCAUCUGUCCAGCCCCUCCAGCUAUGAGGCGGUGUCAUCAGAGGGCGGCGGCCCGUGCAUCCUGCCCGAGACCGUGGGCAAGUUCAUCACGUGCGGACAUGCCCUGCACAUGCUCUGCAUGCUGGCCAUGUACAACAAUGGAACCAAGGACGGCAGCCUCCAGUGUCCCUCAUGUAAGACGAUUUACGGCGAGAAGACGGGCACUCAGCCCAAGGGCAAGAUGGAGAUUUACAGCAUCGGCCAGGCCCUGCCAGGCCACCCCGACUGCGGCACCAUCCAGAUCAUCUACAGCAUUCUGCCGGGCCUCCAGGGCCCGGAGCACCCCAACCCUGGCCAGCCGUACACCUGCAGGGGCUUCCCGCGCUUCUGCUUCCUCCCGGACAACGACAAGGGCCGCAAGGUGCUGGAGCUGCUAAAGGUGGCGUGGAUGCGGCGGCUGAUCUUCACGGUGGGCACGUCGAGCACCACAGGCGAGCCCGACACGGUGGUGUGGAACGAGAUCCACCACAAGACGGAGAUGAUGUCCAACCUGUCGGGCCACGGCUACCCGGACCCCAACUACCUGGACAACGUGCUCUCGGAGCUGGCCUCUCAGGGCGUCAACGAGGCUUCCCUCAAACACCCGGGCGGCAGCUAGGUCCGGAAGGACCCGCCGCACCCCCAGCCCCCCCACCCCCUCUCCUUCUCCAUUCGUGGACCACUAAGACUGAACCGCUCCCUCCCCCGACCCCUGAUCACUGUUGACUGUUUCCCGGGUUCAACCUCAAUAAACGGCAAAACGAAUGAAGUGGCUUCGAUGACCAUCCAACGGCACGGAGCCGUCGGGUUUAAACUGCGUUAUAGUCUGUUGUUGUCAUUGUUAGGAAAGGCGAGUUAAGGCUCUGCAGACUACGCAAAAUCUUCUGGAGGAUCCUGUUGUGAGCUACCAGACGACGGUGGUCAAACCUCCCCCCCCCCCCCCUCCCGAAGUCUUGAUUCCCCCCCAGAACAGUGAACGGCGAGAGAUCCUCAUGGAGCACCAACCCUUGGUUAUCUAUAUUUCAGUUUUUCUUGUACUCCACCAAGUGUGGAAAAAGAGGAAAAAGGUAAACGUGGAUGCAUUCAAUGCUACUGGCUACGGAGGAUAUUUAGGAUUUAUUAUCUUGUCCGUUUUUUUUUUUUUUUUCAUCGAGAGUCUCUCGUGUAUACCGGCGUCAUGAAAAUGGCAGCUUAUGUGGGAGAUUAAAAGAUCUCAUUGAGCACUUUAGUUCUCGCAGUGCAACUAAGUAACAUGGUUAGCUUUUCUUUGAAUGGUUUGGGGGUUUCUUAAUAGGUCAUUUAUGCAAUGAAAAAGAAAUGGAGUAUUUUGUUUAAACCUUUGUGUUUAGUGCAAGGGCACACAGAAAAAUCUAUUAAGUAAUGAGCGUAUGUUUAUAUAUGCCUAAUUAAUUGUCAAGGCAAUAUCUUUGUUGUAAAUGUUAACCCCAGUUAAAACAAGCCUUUGAUAAAAAGAAAAAAGACAAAUAAAUUAUGAAAAUUGAUCAUGUACUACACAAAUACCACUAGAGGAAAAUGCAUUAAUUAUGUAUUGUUCUCACUAUUGUGUGAUUAAUCACUCAUUGAUGACAUUAUGGGGGUUAUUCUUUCUGUAAAACCAAUAUCUGGCAGAGUUGCCAUUCACAAUUAAUGGGUUCUGCCCAGACACGUGGACUGUGUUUUAGUCCGAGGGGACCAGAUGGGACGAAACGUCAGUUGUAUCGACAGAGCCUCGGCUAUGUGAACGACACGUUGUGACAAUCAAGACAAAAAAAAGCUCUUACUCAGACAAAAAGCAAAUGUAUAUUGAACACCAAUGUCUUGUUCACGGCUGGCCCACUGCUGCCUGCUCAUCUGAUUGUUAGCCUGUGUUAAUCCUGCCUGUGACACAUUGCAGCAUUGUCAAACUGAGUCUUGAGAUGUAUGCAAACCAAGUAUGAUUUUAGGGGUAAAAAUUGAUUUCUGCAAUAAAGAACGUAAACUGUAAAAA